AUGUACGGAUGCCCAUUCUUCAUGCAGUCUUCUUCAAAAGGCACAAUAAAAUCUCCUUUUGCAGUGAAUAAAACCCAAAGAGCAGAUGACCCCAUCAGUUUCCAAAUCAUCCAAGAUUACUCCAAGCCUUACAUUUCUCCUUAUAUUGAUUCCUUUGCUCGUUACAAGCCUGAAAAGUUCCCAUGCUUUUAUGAUCUACCCUUUUACCUUCAAAACUCUUUAUUCCAUCACACUUUUAUAUCCCGUCAUCGAAAAACUGAGUUCACUAAUAAAGUGAUGAUUGCAAAUGAACUCAGGGAAUCUGGAAAUAAGAAUUUCCAUAAAGGCCAUUUUUUCAAAGCAUUUAUGUGCUAUGAUCAUUGCUUAGGCCUAUUUUCUUGGAUUGAGCUUGAAAGCCAAGAAGAUGAUGAAGGGCUAAGGAUAUAUAUUUAGUCAUAUUGAGCAGGAAGCAAUAAUAUAUGGUUAAUUUUUAAUUUUUAUUCGGAAUAUUAAUUUCAAUUUUUAUAAAUAAGCAGAAAUUAUUAAAAAGAAAAUAAUUCAAAAUCCAGAAAUGGAUGAAUUAAACGAAAAAGCAAGAAAAGGGAUGAUUUCACAAGUUCUGCUGAACUUGGCUGCUGCUCUCAUAAAAAUGCGAAAUUUUAAGGAGGCUUUAGAAGUUUUAAAAGAAGCAGUUUUAGUAAGCCCAAAAAAUCUAAAAAACAACGGCAUGAGAGCUAUAUGCAGAGCAGCAAAUAAAGAAUCCGACAUUGCUACUUUACAAUUAGCACUAGAUGAUGCGACUAAAGCUGUAGAAAAACAUUCUGUAUAUCAGGCUAUUAUCGAAAAAAUUAAUGAAAUUCUGCAAGAUAAAUACCAAGAAGAGUGCCUAUUUUACAAAAAUUUUUUCAAAUGCGUUAAAGACUACUCUGGAGUCAGACCAAAUACCGACUAUGAGUUUGAACAUACAGUGAUAAAAAAGCUUGAAAAUAAAUACCAAAAUAUGUUAAUAUAUUAUAGAGAAUCAGAUAUUUUAGGGAAAGUCGAAGAAGAGCAUCGAGAAGUUGUCAAAGUUUGCUCAAAAAUGAACUGGAUUUCGAACCUUUCUUUAAACAGCCCAAGCAUAUUGAUGGCAAAGCACGCAGAAGCUGCUGGACUUAACACUUCUGAUAUUUCAAUUGAUAAUGCAUUUGAAGGAGCGAAAAGACUUGAAAUUGUAAAAUCUUUCAAAGAAGGAAAAUACAACCAGCGCCUCUUAUACCAGUCAAUCCAAGAAACUAUGGAAGAGUUUGAAAGGAAUCCGAAAAAAGAAGAAGUAGAAGAGGAGGAUGGCUGGUUUACUUGGCAAAAAGGCUUGAUAAUGUUCCUUAUUUGUGCGAUCCUCAUUUAUAUAUUUUCAACACCAAGCAAGAAUAUUGGGUGCAUGCUUUUUUCUCUGGACUUUAGAAAGUGAGACACUUCCUCUGUGAUAUUUGGUCCAAUUUUUUUUCCUCAUGAAACACUUCAUAGAAAUUUUAAGCAAAUGUCUCAUAAGUAAAAAAUUUCAGCCAGAUUUCCCAGAAAUCUCUCACUAGGAAAAAGCCUUGAUCAAAUGAUGUGGGGCCAGAAUAUCACUAGAUUUAGUUACAAUUUCUAG